GACCAUUGGCGCAACUUAACGGGUGGCUACAUCCCAACAUCCUCCCUGUGUGCUCAACACUUCGUAGUCCUCAAGUUAACAGCCAUUUACCUCUCAUUCCCUUUGAGAAAUAAUCGAAGACAGACAUUGUUGACAUCAUUAGGCUAUACUGCAGGCACUGUCUUUUACUGACAGGCGACUCCGGUUAUUUACAUCUACCAGCUAGCUAACGUUAGCGUUAGCAGAGAAGCUCCAGGGAUGGCGGAGGUUCCCGGGACAUCAAGUGAGACGAUAACGGAGACGGUUCAGACCAGCACACCGCCACCGCCCCAACAGGAGGGACGGAGCUUGACAAUCAAGCUGAGAAAGAGGAAGACCGAGAAGAAGGUGGAGUGGUCCAGUGACACAGUUGACAAUGAGCACCUGGGAAGAAGGUCUUCAAAGUGCUGCUGUAUUUAUGAGAAGCCCCGGCAGUUCGGAGAGUCGUCUUCCGAAAGUGAGGGAGAUGAAGAGAACGACGAAGGCUGCGGCAGCGCACACUGUAUCCUGGGCCACAGCAGGAGAGGCCAUGGACAGAGGGGGGGUGGCGGGACCACAGUGCCCCCAAAUUCUGGGGGGUCGCACUCCCACUAAUGAGCACUGUGGGCUGGUUCUGGGUGGUCUUUCUCACCUACGACAAUGACACAUUACAAUACUGCACUCUUUAUUUUGUUUUUUUUUUUUAGUUUCAAUAGUUCCAUCACUGAGGGACAGGCAGGCCUGGGCUGCGUUCCACAUGUGUUAAAAGCUCCCACAGCUGAUAGAUGAAAAGUACAUCUGCACUGCAGCUCAGAACAUCAACAGGAUUAUUGAAUUAAACUAAUUGUUCUCCUCAUAAUAACUGAAGCAUUGUCCACACCCUGCCAGCUGCACAGCGCACUUCACACAGAGUAAUAGGCAUUGGAUCAUACUGUAAAGUUUCCCACUUCUCUUAAACAACAAAGUCAUUUUGCAGAAUUAAAGAUGCAGUUCACACAACACUUCUCAUCCAGCUGAAAGUGUACUGCUGCAUGAUUUCCAUUCAUUUCACUAUGAAGUGAAAAUCUGCUUUCAGAAAUUUCUUGAUCAUCACAUGAAAAAUAAUGUGCAUGUUUAUGGUUAAUAUCAAAUUUUUUCCAUAGUUUUGCAAAAUGAUAAAAAUGGCCAACUCACUUUACAUAAAAUUUCAUUGUUUUGUAGAAUUUUGAAAGAGUUUUAGUAGUUAAAUGUAAUUCACAUCAUCUAUUGUUUAUACUUUAUUCCACUGUUUACAUUGUUUAGUUUUUACAGUUUUAAAAAGUGGCAAAAAUGUGUUGUCUAAAAAUAAUAUAGAAGAAAUUUACUUUAGUUAGAUCUUGAUUGUUAUGCAUGGGAGACACACACACACCAGAACAGAUCAGUCUAUCAGGUAAACAUAUUUUACAAGAAGUAUUAUUUCAAUAGAGUAAGAUAAAUAAUAAUAAAAUAAAUUCAGCAAAAUUGCUGCACAAUCAAAUCAAAUGCAUAAUCAGUCUGUACUUAGAUUACUACACGCUAUUCAGAUAAGUAAUUUUGAUAACUGGAGUGUAUUGUGGGUAUCUUGCAUUAAAACAGUGCAAAGGCUAUAUAACACUUUCUACUGCAGUCAUGUAAAAUAUCUGAUGUGUGAUAAAGGAGGAAAAAGUGUAAAAGCCCUGGUUUUGUAUCUAAAUGGCAUAGAGUGUGUAGUGAUGUCACCAUGCAGGAAAACACCAUUAUGGAUUAUGGAAUUAUCCAAAGUGAAACCCUUCUCUUCUUUCAGCAGCUAAAAGCCUGUUUGAUACUGUGCCAACUCACUUUCAGCACUGAGUACACAGACAAUACACUUUAAAAGACUAGACGUAUGUUUACUACAGAUCACAUAUAGUGUAUGUACAUGGAGUGUUUUCAGGUCCAGCAUUGGAUUUUCGUCAUGUGGUAAAAUGAAUGGAAUGCAGCAGGAGCUCAGAAGAUAAAAUAAAUUUUAUAUAAAACAUGCAGCUGGAGAUUAUACUCAACAUGCAUACUUAACAAUCACAUUGCUGUAUUUGAUAACUGGUUGCCCACUCUACAGCCUGAUAGCUAUCAUGUGGUACUUUUACCGAGCAGCCCUUUGGACUUGGUGACUUCUUCUGGAACGCAGCAUAUGAGAGGAGAUAGAUAUAGAUAGUGAGGCCAUAAGUCUGGCUGUGUAUUAAACUUCUGACAAAGUGAAUUGUAUAUAAUCCAGCUGUUGUUAAUUUUCUUUUAAUUUAUUUGCUGAUCUUAACUCUGAAGCAGUUAAUACUUGACAUGCAGUUGACUAAUGUGUGAGAGUUGGAUCUAAUUGAAGAGUUUGGAUCUGGUUUUGGAUUUGUAGAGCAGUUUGACAGCUGAUGCCAACCUUUAAUUGAUGUUUGCUUUCAGAAUGCAUUAGACCAACCUGUAGUAGCAUUAUUAUUACAGCACAUGUUUUAGUAUAAUCUGUUAGAGCCCCAUGAUCAAUAUUAGAGCACACUGCCUGUGGAUAAGUCGCUUUGAUUCGAUAUUAAUGAUAUGACACACGGCUGGAUUUAACAGUUGUUCAAAGAUAGUGUCAACAUUUAUUUCAAGAUGGAAACUAAAACUUACAUUUGAACAGCCCAUUCCAUUCUUUUAAAUAAUAAUCAGAAUGAUCACAAUUGUAACUUUAAACUUACACAUGGGAAAGUCUUUAGGCUAUUAUUGGGUUUGUUUUAGCAAAGUUAUAGUAAAAACACCUUUCUCAGUCUCUGUAUAGAAAUACUGCUGGAAUAUAUAUAAUUAAAAACAGACCAAAGUAGUUAGUAUUUAGUGUGACGUCUGCUCAGAUUUCAUUCAAGAAAUGUUUCUUGGGCUCAGAGGUUGCACUAAGUACUGACGUUUGCCUGUAGAACCUCUUCAGUUCCAGUUGUAUGUUAACAGAGAGUGAGAAAUAAAUGUGAACUCAUUAAAAGAAGGUAAAGAUGACCUACGACCUUUGCACAGUCCUGUAUAUAUAAAAUUAUUUUAGGCUCUAAAAUAAACUGAUUAAUCCAUGUUCUUCUAAAAUUACUACCACAUUGCAGUUCAUUUCAGGAACCUUCUUGGAUAUUAUUAUUAAAAAAGACAGAAACUACAGAGUUGUAAAAUAAAGUGUUAUCAAAUGUUAUAAAGAUCAAUUCAACUCAGAGUUCUUGCCUCAUUUGUGUGAAGUGCACAGGCCUGGAUGGACUCAAAAAGAUAAUUUGAUUCAAAUUUAUAGUCAUAUUUAUUUAUAGUCAUACAGACUCGCUCCUUGUUUGGUUCUGCAAUGAAAGGUUUGUGUUAAAUUUGAAUGACAAUAAGCUUAUCUUUUGGCCACUAUUAACUUACUACAUAUUACUAAUGACAUCAACUAUGUGUCACCUGAUAGGUAACAGGAAAUUGUGGUUUGGAUACGUUACAGAUAAAGCAGAAACGUGCUCUUGUUUAUAUAGCUUGUCCAUUCAUGUCUAUUGAAUAUUGUCUGAUAUUUCAUCCUAUCAGAUUUGUCUUAAAUAUCAGCAGCAGCCAGAGCAGACUACAGUUUAGAGCAUGUUCAUAUCAGAGUGUGCUGCCGUGGUUUCUGCACUCAACUUGUACACCUCUCAAAACAUGAGUGUGCACCAAAAUAUCUUCACGCACUUCAAUGAUAGCUGAGGGUGAUCGUUUUAUCUGCCUACCAUAGAAGAACCCGGUCCACAUUCUGCUUGUUUAGCUCUCACUUCUUCACAUCUAAACAGUUCAGGUCCAGGAGUAAAUUAGCAGAGCUGCAAUGAGGGAUUUAAGAUCAGUAGGUUUUUAAUUGUCUGGCUUUGAGAUAGCAGAAUGAGUGUUAGUGUUUUGAACCUGUAAAUCUUCCUCUGGUUUUCAUUUGCUUUAAUGACUAGAUAAAUCUGGUCUUAUCCAAUGUGGACAAUCCCAGACGUGAAGGCAUUUGACGUUUGCCUGAUUUGUUUUUGCGGUACAGUUUGUCUUUGCAGGAUGUAUUUAAUGAAUGAAAUGGGGAGUUUAUAGGACACUGAAUCACAAUCAGUGUGGACAAAUCGAGCUUAUCUUUCUUAAAACACCCAGUCAGAAGAUUACCAUUAAAUUCAGCUGCAUGUCGGUCAUUAAUGUCUCCACUACAGUUGGAUAGACGACCUGUUCAGAGACUAUAAGGCUUUUACUGCUACGCUCCGCAGACAUCAGAUGUAAUGUGGCAUAUAGGACAGACAGGUGAAGGUGCAUGACUGUCGGCCCAGGCUUUGUACUCAUGCCUCAGCUAUGACCAAAACUCACCCAACACAGGCUUCAUCACCAUCAUCAUCCUCAGCAGUUUCAGACCAUGUUUGAUAUGUCAACCUACUGGGGAUCCCACUAACUCCAUGUAAGCCACUGUUUUCUGUACUAUCUGUUACAUAUGUACAUUGUUCUUGUACUGGUAAUGCACCUUUCUGUAUAUACUAUUAAGCAUAUGAGAGCAGAUUUAAUGUGAAUUAAAGUUUUCAACUGUGA